CUUCAACAAUUUUAUUAUUUGCUUACAGGGAUUACAACUUUCAAGGGCCGCUACUUACACAGUCAUGAUUACAAGAGUCCCGAUGAAUUUACAGGAAAAAGAGUCAUUGUGGUUGGCAUUGGGAACUCAGGGGUGGACCUUGCUGUGGAAAUAAGCCACACAGCGCAACAGGUUUUUCUCAGCACUCGCCGAGGAGCAUGGAUAUUCAGCCGUGUUGGUGAUAAAGGCUAUCCAUUUGAUGCUGUAUUCACUACUCGAUCUAAUUUACUCCUGAAACAGUGUCUUCCCAUGUCCAAGAUCAAUCAGUUGAUAGAGUACAAAUUAAAUAGCAGAUUCAAUCAUUCCCAUUAUGGCUUGAAACCUGAACACAGAGUUUAUAGCCAGCAUCCAACCAUUAAUGAUGACCUCCCAAACAGCAUCAUUUCGGGGAGAAUUGUCAUAAAAUCAAACAUCACAGAGUUUACUGAUACUGCUGCCAUCUUUGAAGAUGGUUCAAAGGAAGAGGAUAUAGACUCUGUUCUCUUUGCUACGGGAUACAGUUUCUCAUUUCCUUUCCUUGGGAGCUCUAUGAGGGUUAUUGAAAAUCAGAUUUCCCUAUAUAAAUUUGUCUUCCCUCCUCAUCUGGAGAAACCCACUCUGGCGAUCAUUGGUCUUGUACAGCCUUUGGGGGCCAUCAUGCCCAUUGCAGAACUGCAAGCUCGCUGGGCUACACGUGUCUUUAGGGGACUUGCUAAGCUGCCAUCAACAAGUGAGAUGGUUUCUGAUAUUAUUAUUAAUAAGGACUCCAUGGCUAAAAGGUAUGUGAAAAGUCAACGCCACACCAUCCAAGUGGACUACAUUGACUAUAUGGACGAACUGGCUUCUCUGAUUGGGGCCAAGCCCAGCAUAUGGUCCCGGUUUAUCACAGAUCCCAAGCUGGCCAGGGAGAUUUUCUUUGGGCCAUGUACUCCAUAUCAGUAUCGCUUGCAAGGACCAGGAAAAUGGGAUGGAGCCAGGAAAGCUAUCCUGACCCAGCAUGAAAGGAUCUUGAAACCCUUGAGAACUAGGCCAGUUAAUCAAGCAGACAACAACGCCUCGGUGCCCCUUUGGCUUAAGUUGGCUGGCCUUCUUGUUGUGUUUGCUGCAAUUUGGACUUUUUUUUAAGUACUAAAAAGUCCUAUCUGUUAAUAUCAACCCCAACAUACCUAGAUAUUGGUUUUAUUAUUUCAUCUUUGUGCUUUUAAUAACUCACCUAUUAAGUCUGCGCAUAUAUUUCCCUGUUAUCCUGCUAUUCAUGCGAGCCAGUUUUGCUAGAUGGGAAUGUAUUUUAUUUUCUUAAAAUACAUAAAGCAAAAUAAUCUGCCUAAAUAUAACCUAUAGGAAAUAUGUUG